AAUGAAUUUAAAGGAAAAUUAUACUACACUGGAGGCUCAAUACAGUGCUUUCAUGGCUGAUGAGGAAGAAGCACAAGUGGAAAACAUCCCUUCACCUGUGAAAUAUGAUAGAUAUCCGACUAAUAGAGCUAUUCCUCUCCGAACUUGAAAUAAUAAUGCCUCACUGAGACCUAAGGAAAGAGGAAAUAAGCUGAAUAUUUCUGUACAACAUCAGUCAUUCAAUGAUUUGAAGAUUUGCUCCACCCUAACUAAUAGUAACAAGAAAGCUAGCAAAGACUAUCCUUAUCGUGAGACCUUGAAGGGCAAAGAUCAACACAGAAUGAAAAAGAAUAUUUUAUGUAGUACUAAAACUAAGUCGACACUCAGAGUUCAAACUGAUUGUCACUUAAAGAGCAGACCGAGGUCAAAGAUCGCUCCUUCAAGCUCUCAUUCGUCAAGUUCUUACUACAAAGACACAAGUAUCAACAAAGGUAAGAAGAAAGUUUGCAAAAAGCCACUGAAUUUCAGAAGUAUUGAUCAGAAAUAACCAGUCUAAACACAAGAAAGGUGGAAGAGGGAACACUCUCAAGAGCUAUAACUCUACAAAGUGCUCUAAAAAUUCAGUUUCCAAAUCUGAGAAGAUCAAGAAGAACCAUAUUUCCUAUAUCUGCAGAAGGAAUCCAAUGAGAUUCCGCAUAAUUGCAUUUGCCCAGGUUGUUGCUGCCAAGCGUAUCCAAAGAGCAAUUAGAGAGUUUACUCUAGCAAAGAAAGAGGCUAAAAAGAGAGAACUUGAGGAUUCCCUAAUCAGGAUCAGAGAGAACCGUGCCAGAAAGGUCAUCUACCUCCGUGUUUCUACCUUCUUCUUGAAGAAGAAACAUUUCAGGGAGAUUUUGAUUCAGCAUCAGAGUGAAAACUUAAAUGGAAUCUUACUGAUUCAGAGGAGAUUUAGGCAUAAUCAUACUAAGUUGAAGAAGAUGAACAUUCCAAGGUUUAAGCAACUAUUUGCUGCCUUCCUUAUAGGAUGGAAGGUUAGAAGAGUAAUGACUUAUCUUAAAACCCUACCUGAGAUUAAAGAAGCUGUUGAUUUCAUCAAACUCAGAAAUGACAUUAAAGAUGAAGAAACUGUUGAUCUAUUUUCACAAAGAAUCAUCCAGCAGUACCCUGAAAAGGCAAAAUUUUUCCAUACGAACUUUACUUCAAUAUAUUCAAGUGGUAAAUGGUUCAAUGCUGACUGAAAAGAGACUCAAGCUCCUAAGAAGAAGAUCUGAAAAUCAAGGGCUAAAGCUGCUUCAAAAAUAUGAAAGAAAUCAAAGAAAUUAAAGUCUAAUCCUUCAAAAUUUUCCAAGAAUAAGAACUUGACAAAGCAUGAAUCAGUGAAGACCACCAAGGAACCAAUUCAUCCAUCAAAGCCUGUUGAGAAGAAACCAAGCAAGCCUAACUGUCUCAUGGCUGUGAGAGAAAAAUCAGUUCUUCCAACUGCUAAGGCAGAUGCUCACAACAACACCAUUGGUUGCAUAAAUGUGGCUAAAACUAAUCUUCAUCAUAGUAAGCCCAAGAAGAAGUUUGCAAGGCCAACUGCCAAUAAAAGGCAGAUUGAUAUUACUGGGGAUGAAUCCCCGAAACAAAUCAAGAGGGACAAAUCAGGCAACCUCUUCUCUUGAAACAGAAGCAAACUCCAUACUAUUGAGGAAUACAGGACUGCAAGAAAGAAGAGAAACAGUAGCCUUAGCAAUAGCUUUAAUCAUUCUAGUCUUAAUGCACUAGAUGCUCUAAAGAGUAAGAAGAUUGCAGCUGAUCCAAGAGCAUCAUACGAUACUGUGAAGUUUAGAAGUACGAGAAAUAAAGGAGCUCGUGAAUCUAAAACUGCAUUGAACUAUAGUAACAGACUCGCCCAUCAAAAUACAACUGUGAUAAACCAGAACUCAGACCUCAGUAUCUUACAAGAUUCUGUGAAUUAUGAGAAACCUCAGACUUCUGGGAAUGAUCUUUGCAAUUCGACUAUUUCUUCAAGUACCAAGAUAAUCCAGUAUGGAGGUUGCAAAAAGAAGGUUAACUAUGACUCUCUUGGAUUAGCAGCUAAUCUGAUCAAGACAAUCCUAGAGCAAGUAAAUUCCGAUCCUUCUCUUCAGCUAUCUGUGUUAUGUGAGGUCCAAAACAUGAUUGGGAAGCCUGACCAGUGCCUAGCAUCUCAAUCAAAAUCUACAAAUCUGAAUUUGCGGAGAUCAAUCAAGAAGUUCAGCAAUAAUGAUAAUAACACGAUUGAAUAUGAGGUCACUGUUUCUCAUAUCCAAGAUCUCCUGAGAAAAGGAGAUCUCUCUUAACAUUUUCAUCUAACUCCAAUUUCAU